CCAGAAUGUCGGCCUGUCAGACUGUCACCGACACAGACAGAAAGAGAGAAUUAAGUCAUACAAAUCGGGCGGAUGGAGAUAUGUUUAUGACUUAAACUUGGCUGAUGCACCCACAAUGUGUAUAAGACAUCACCAACAAGGCCCACUGGGAUAACCUGAGCAGCAUGUUCAGCAUGGAGCCAACAGCUGGCUACUCCCCCACAGUUCCAGAGCCAGAGAUCUACCGCAGCGUCCAGGCUAUGCUGCCCAGAGGAACAGACAAGCAGCAAUCCCCAGACUGUUUCAAUAAAGGAAUGCUGAGAUGGACACUUCAUAAGAAAGUUAAAAACAAUCCUGCUAACAGCUUAUCUCUGGUGUGGGUGCUGAUAAAGGAGCUAGAAAAGGCUGAGAGAUGGGACUCCCGCAAAUGCAUCAUCCCUUUGCUCCACACACUGAUGUAUGCCAUAUUUCAGACAGCCUACAUUCCAGAUGAACUGUACAAGCGGGUUUAUGACUUUUGUAAGAGACUACUCACCUAUCCCCAUCCCUACUGCACUGUGGGCCUCAGCUACACAAGACAGAUAAAAACUGAACGCUUCAUUCCAGGUCUCUUGUACCAGAGGAUGGUCACGGCUGAGCAGAGACUAAAAAAUGAUCACUAUCCCUUUCAGGAAAGGGUUUUUGUUUUGGCUGAACCAGAGGUUUUCUCUGGUUCCCUGAUGAAUGUGCUGUCGGGAGAUUUUGAGGCCGCCACUUCUGCUUCAGAGGAAUUUCUAAGUCCUCUAGAUCACAUGCGCAAUGUGGUCCAACACACCAUACAGGCUGCUUUAGGAGAAGAGAAGUGCAAUGGGCCAAGCCUGGCUCAGGCUCUGAAGCACAUGGGUCAAGACAUUGAGCCGUGCUUCCAGGCAGUGUUGGAGACUCUAGAGCAGUGUGUGGAGGAGGGCAGCAAAGGGGAGGGAGGGACGCUGAGGAGCCAUCUUCACCAGCUGUACAACAAGAUUGUCACUGACACAGACCCAGGUCCAUUGUCUGGUGGACCACUGUGCGACUGCUCCCUUCCUAACCCAGAGAUGAGCUUCCACCUGUGGACAGAGGAUCUAGAUAUCUGGCGAGAACUGGCCAAGUGGUUGAGAUCCAGUUCCGUGUCAGAGCAGUUCUCACUCAUCCAAGAACAGGAGGACUUUGAGCUCGGUGAAUCCCCCAGUGACCAGAUGCCAUCAGACAUGACUCGCUUUUCUGUCAUGUCCAACGACAGCGGGAUUGAGAGAGAUCUGCCCCCGAAUACUGAUUCCUUAUCGUCAUCUCUGGACUCUAUCAGCAUCAGUGCAUCAUGGGAACAAUGCAAAAUGGAGCAAGAGUCGACAAGACUGUCACGACGUGGAGGCAUCAAAAUGAAACCAUCUGUAAAGGACAGCAUGGUGCUGAUGCAGGACACCCUGGAGGAGCAUGCAAGCCCCGGAGGAGGAGGAGGAGGAGGAGGAGGAGGAAGUGGAGGGAGGGGAGGAGGAAGGGGGGCCACUUUGCAGAGGCGGGCAGGAACCAAUGCGAUGCAGAACUCCUUCCUCAAAACGCAGAGACACUUUACUGCCAGGAUUGUCAUCAUGGGGGGUGACAGGGUGCUGGGUCGCCUGGCUAAGGCCUAUUACUUCUUCAGAAAGAGAGAAUCACGGAGACUUUUUCUUACAAUGAAAGUCAACCUCCAGUUUUACUACAUCCCUGUUUGCAAGGCUCCAAAUACCUGCACCUCUGUCAAGGAAAAUCUCCAUCAGUCCAAGGUGGAUCCCUGCACUCUUGGUUCCUACUUGAGCAAUGUGGACCCAUGGUACAACUGUAACAUCAAGAGUCUGGGCUACAUGAUUCCCAAACUGGCUAAGAUGCAAGCAAAUCCCGGGAAGCCAAAAGAGCCGUUCAUCUCUGAUGUCAUUUCCUACUACGUCCGCACUGGCCAGCAGCCCAUCUACUUCACUAUCUAUUUUGUUAAGAUCACAUUCACCAAGGUGGGAAAGGCUCCUGUGGAAGAUGUGUUUCUCACCCAUCUGGAGAUGGAGUAUCCGGAAUUCAGACAGAUCUCUGCAUCUGUGAGAGCAGAUAAACAGCGGAAGAACUCAGCGGAGGAAUGUGGAGCUGUUGUCAGUAUCAAUUACAAAAAGGUGACAUUAAGUGGCCGAGACGUUGACAAAGGAAUGUCGCUCAGGACAUCAGGUGUUCAGAUGUGUGCAAUUCCCUCCAGUGAAGCAGAAGAUCUGAACUGUUUGACACUCAUACUGAAUGAACCUGCACCGAAAACUAAAGGCAACUCUGUGGAAUCAAAGAUUCGGACCAGCAACGUUAAGAUACGCAGUUUGGAGAGUCGAUCUUUCACUGUUACUCUGGACCGGGACUAUCGCAGGACCUACAAAGAUGUGCAGAGCAUCGAGAUUUCCCCUUGUCUGGAUCCCGGAUACUGUGUCCAGAAAACCAUGAGGUCCAAAUUUAAGUUGGAAGAGGAUAAAGACGUUGGACUUAGCAAAUACAUGAACAAAAGUCUUCCUCUACCAAUCAAUACAUUUGCUGGCAUCAUCAACUGACAAGAUCACGUGAUUAGCAUAGAAACUUGAGAACUAAGGCUCUCAAUGCUGUGUUUUUCCAAAGGGAAUCAACGGCAUCAUCAGUGACUUCAACCAAAGUUUAAUCUGACACAUGAACAGAUGGAAUCAACUUUGUGAGCUAUUCCUGACAAUGCUUUUCUUCUGUCAGCCUGGACUACAGUGCUAGUAUCAGCUUUGUGGUUGAUGAAGUAGAAAAUGAACUGCUUGUUUUAGUUACAGGAACAAAAAUGUAUAACACCACAGGUUAUGAUUUAACAUCUACAGUGUUUCAAAGGAUCUGCUGUGCAUGCUUUAAGACAGGAACUCAUUAUAGGAAUGACACCUAAGUACAAUAGUGCCUGUGACACAGUACUAUGCAUCUCUAAAGUCCAGGAAUGCAGACAAUUAAACCAAUAGAUGUGAUUAUAUUAUAGAAAAAACACGGGAAAUCUGGAAGACCUGCACAAACUGGCCCCUUUGUGAAGAUUUUGCAGAGUUGAAGGGGGUUGAUUGUAAUGGUUAUUCUACAUCAUAGACACACUACCUUUCACUGCCUCCUUGACACACACACAGUACACAUACUAUAAUGCAGACAUACAGACUCAGAUGUGCUGUCAGCUAUUGAAACAUUCAGGUCAUUGAAGAACUGGUACGAUGACAGCUCCUGUUCACCGUGUUAAAAUGACUUGCUCUCGUUACUUAUUAAGUUGUUACAUUGGUGGAAACAUUGGAGGAAUGUGGAAGCAUUCUAGAAAUGAUCUAGGAAGAUCGCUAUGUACAGUGUGGAAGCUAGAGCCAUGUGCAAUGUCAGGAAUAAUUAUGGAACAACACCCAGUUCUGAUAAUACCCAGAAAAGGUUACUCAGAGUAGCUGUUGCUGGACUGCUGACAGAGCGAUUUCAGAGCGCAGUCAGAGGUGUGAGAUUCUGUGUUGGCUUCUUAAAGACAAACAGUUAAAUGUGGGGACACUCGAAAUUGAAAGCAGAACACAUUCCAGUAAAUGUCACACCAGUCUGUAAAUCACCCUGCCCAUUUACUGCAUUUAAAUUAAGUAUACUAAAGUUGCUUUGCACUGAACAAUAGUUUAUCAGUGCCUGUGAUGCAGCUGUGUGUAAAGCAUGUGGUAUGACUCAUGGCUACAUGUGUAACCAUUAUUCCUCUACAUGUCAUAAUUAUGGAAGCAUCCUCAUGAUAUACAGUCAUCAUAAGAUAUUCUGUAUGUUAUAGAGAGCUGUUUGAGGUCAGUACCUUUUAAAUAGCUGCAUUACAUCGUACGGUCAAGAACAAGCUAUUUUGAUGGGCCUCAGCCUCAUAGGAACUGAAAGGGAUGAGGUAUUAAGUGCAUGACAAAAGCAAUAAUGUGGGUGUGUGUGUCUGGCAGUGUAAAAACACGAGUUUAAAAUUAAUGACAUAUAUUUUGCACAUUAUUUUCUUUUUAAUGUAUAUAAACAGUGCUAUUUUAAAUCAUAAUGUAAUUGUGUAAAUAAAUGAUUUUGUUUUGUAAGACAGGCA